UUUCGCGAGAUUUACAUAGGCGGGUUGGUGUGUGGCAGCGUCUCUCUGCCAGACGAAGUGAACAAUACUGAUAUGAAAUCUGCGUAAAGUAGCCUUUGACUUUCUGGAGGCAUGUCCAAGAAAAGGGGCAGAAAGCGGAGUAGUGGGGAGCUGAGUGACACAUUGAGCCCGGAUCCCAACAGCAUUCUGGGAGUCCGUAUUCAGCAUAACUGGCGUGAGAAGGGCAACCAGAGCAAAUGGAAGGGAACAGUACUCGACAGGCUGAGUGUUAACCCUUCUCUCUUCAUGGUGAAGUAUGACGGCUUUGACUGCGUCUAUGGCAUCGAGCUGUUCAAGGACGACAGAGUGUCGAAUCUGCAGGUCCUGUCGGAAAGCGUCGUAAACAACAAGAUCAAGAUGCCUCCAGGGGCAGAGGAGCUGGUGGGCAAAGCUGUGGAGCAUCUGUUUGAAAAAGAGGAUGGAGAGAAGAACGAGUGGAGGGGCAUGGUCCUCUCCAGAGCUCCAGUCAUGACCAACUGGUAUUAUAUCACUUAUGAAAAGGACCCCGUACUUUAUAUGUACCAGCUGUGGGACGACUAUGCUGAUGGAGACCUCAGGAUUCUGCCUGAAGCAGAAAACAAGCACCUGUUGCCUGCGGACAGGAAGCCAGGAGAAGAGACGGAGAGCCUGGUGGGGAAACAGGUGGAGUAUGUUACUGACAAGGGUGUGAAGAGAACAGGCCUGGUCAUUUACCAGGUCCCAGCCAAGCCCUCUGUCUACUACAUCAAAUAUGACGAUGACUUUCAUAUCCAUGUCUAUGACCUGGUGAAAACCACCUAGAGAUAGUGGACACUUGAUCUCACUCUCCAGCCUCCCGCCAUCUGCUUUUGUUCCACUCAUCGUUUUAAUCUGUUAUCCAAAGCCAUGGCAGGGUCGAAUAGUUAAUAUGCUUUCGUUGUUCAGAAGAAAGUGCAAUCUGUUUUUCAUAUGCACAGCAGAACUGUAGCACCGCUAUGCUUGGCUAUUCCGAGGAGAUGGGAGUCGACUUGUUUUAUUGUUGCUGCUCUACUACUUUAUUCUUUAAGUUUGGACAGUCCAAGAUUGCACUGCCCAACAGCUGCAAAGUGCAGUUGUUACUGCAUUUGUAUUGUUGUACUUGAGAUACUCACUGAUCUGUCCUUAAAGUAAUUAUGUUAAUUAAAUUCCAGUAUGAUCAAAAAAGCUGCUUAAAAUGUUCUUUUGAAGACACUGAUGAUAUUCACAUUAUGUUUGGGACAGAAACCUUCCACUGAGGCAUUUAUUGAAUUAAAUGGGCAAAUAAAUUGAACCAUGUUAUCAAAUUUAGUAUUAGUAUUGGAAGGAAUGAAUGAAAACGGGUUUGUAAAAUCAUCUGAUUGGGGCCCUUAUAUGUGCAAAAGCCGUUAGAUUAAUGUGGAAAUAUGCUCUUGCACCUUUGCACCAUGUUUAGCAUUGUAUCGGAUCCUUUGCUCUGGUGAUGCAGACGCUAAAUUCUCAUUUAAAUUUGAUCCCACACAAAUCAUAAAGUGCCUUCCGGCUUAUCAUCUUGCAAUAUUGUACAUACUGUAUCUCCGACUAUUUACGCUCUCAUUGAGUCAUUGCAUAUAAAGGCUGCUUUUUGGUUUUCAUUCAUAAGCGGUGACACUGACAGCUUGAGGAAAGUUUUGCAGCCAUUCAAUUAAUAUUAGUGCUGUUUUGCUCUUAAUGCAGUAUGAAAAUGUUCUUUCAAUAUUACACAUCAUCAUUGGUUGUAUAAGCUCACUGUUGAUCUUGUGGGGAGCACUUUAUUGUAUAAAGUUUACAUGUUUAGGUUAUGGUACGCUAUAUAGUUUCCCCCAAAAAAUGCUUUUUCCUUAAAAGCAAAUGUGGCAGAAUAAAUGCUUUAUAACAUACGCAUGAAGAAAAAAAAAACUUGUUGCAAUACACUCAGAUGACAGUAUUUAAUAUGUACAACUUGUGUAAAAUGCCUUGUAAUGUUGCCUCUUGUGGUUACUCUCAUUUAUACGAAUAUUUCAUCACCAGCUUUUAGUGAAAGGGUUGUUUAUUUACAUUUAUUAUAAACGUUAUAUUUAACAGGUGUAAUCAACUGACAAACCAGUUUGUUGACAGUAACUAACACUGGUUUUAGUCUUUAUAACUUUGUCUUGCAAACAUGACAUAUAUGCUUGCAGAAUGCAUUUCAUCCAAACUUUGUCACUAGUCGUUGAAUUGGCCCUCCCAGUCUUCAAGUCACUCAGUGUAUCCCUUAGCAAAGUAGUCAAUCAGUACUGUUACUGUUAUUUUUAGCUGUCAAAACUCGCGCAUGCAUAAUCUAAACAGUGUCUGGAGAUAUUCAAACUUCAUCUUGACGGUAGAGAAUUGACAGUGUGUGGCAGAACCGAUUCUGUUUGAUUAACCCAAAAAUAAAAAGUGGUCAACGCUGUACAUCACCACUACUGGUGCUGUGUAGUGUUUGUGUGUUGUGUAGAUGGAGUUACAAAUGACUGUGUGUGCUCUUCUUCAUGCUUUAAAAUCACCUCCUGUUCUGAAGUUGUAGCAGCAGUUAUUAUUCUGUCAUGAGUAAUAAAGAUUUUUGCACAUUUGUUUGGUCUUGUUCUUUGAAGGCACUGCCACGAUCAACAUGCAGCACACAUUUGGCCUCAAUGAAUCAAACUAAUGACUGGACGUGUUUUAAGAUUGAUGUAUUUAGUCACAAAUGGUGAAACUGCAUAUAUACAACAAACAGACAUUCUCUUCGUAACAUUAUUUGGAUGGUAUGAGAACAAAGGGGAGUGGAGCAUUAUAUGUUUAGACAGUACAAAGCAAAAUGAAAUCCAAUAGUAUACACAAAAUUGAAUUUUUUAAAAAUACAUUUUGC